GCUACUGCCCGCCUCAAAUAUGCUCCAAUCAAAAAGGAGGAAAGGCUGGGCACUAAGUAGCUAUUGGUUGGCCCCUAGGCCAAUCGGAAGAGCUCUGAUUUGGCGGGAGUCUUGACCGCGGCCGGAGCUCUCCGUGUCUCAGAGAGAGCUCUGGGCGUCCGGCCGCUGUGGCCAUGUUCGUGUCCGAUUUCCGUAAGGAGUUCUACGAGGUGGUCCAGAGCCAGAGGGUUCUUCUCUUCGUGGCUUGGGACGUGGACGCACUGUGCGCUUGCAAGAUCCUUCAAGCCCUGUUCCAGUGUGACCACGUGCAGUAUACGCUGAUUCCAGUUUCUGGGUGGCAAGAACUUGAAACUGCAUUUCUUGAGCAUAAAGAACAGUUUCGUUAUUUUAUCCUCAUAAACUGUGGAGCUAACGUAGACCUAUUGGAUAUCCUUCAGCCCGAUGAAGACGCCAUAUUUUUUGUAUGUGACACUCACAGGCCAGUCAAUGUCGUGAAUGUGUACAAUGAUACCCAGAUCAAACUACUCAUUAAACAAGAUGAUGACCUUGAAGUUCCCGCCUAUGAUGACAUCUUUAGGGAUGAACAGGAGGAUGAAGCGCAUUCGGGGAAUGAAAGUGACAAUGGAUCAGAGCCUUCCGAGAAGCGCACACGGUUAGAAGAGGAAAUAGUGGAGCAAACCAUGAAGAGGAGGCAACGGAGAGAGUGGGAGGCCCGGAGAAGAGACAUCCUUUUUGACUACGAGCAGUAUGAAUAUCAUGGGACAUCAUCGGCCAUGGUGAUGUUCGACCUGGCGUGGAUGAUGUCCAAGGACCUGAAUGACAUGCUGUGGUGGGCCAUCGUUGGACUAACGGACCAGUGGGUGCAAGACAAGAUCACCCAAAUGAAGUACGUGACAGACAUCGGCGUCCUGCAGCGCCAUGCGUCCCGGCACAACCACCGGAACGAGGACGAGGAGAACGCCCUCUCCGUCGACUGCACGCGGAUCUCCUUUGAGUAUGACCUCCGCCUGGCGCUCUACCAGCACUGGUCCCUCCACGACAGCCUGUGCAACACGUGCUACACUGCAGCCAGGUUCAAGCUCUGGUCCGUGCACGGGCAGAAGCGGCUCCAGGAGUUCCUCGCCGACAUGGGUCUCCCCCUGAAACAGGUGAAGCAGAAGUUUCAGUCCAUGGACAUCUCCUUGAAGGAGAAUUUGCGGGAGAUGAUUGAAGAGUCUGCGAAUAAAUUUGGGAUGAAGGACAUGCGUGUGCAGACUUUCAGCAUUCACUUUGGCUUCAAGCAUAAGUUCCUGGCCAGUGACGUGGUCUUUGCCACCAUGUCGCUGAUGGAGAGCCCCGAGAAGGAUGGCUCAGGAACAGAUAACUUCAUCCAGGCUCUGGACAGUCUUUCUAGGAGUAACCUGGACAAGUUGUACCACGGCCUGGAACUCGCCAAGAAACAGCUGCGAGCCACACAGCAGACCAUCGCCAGCUGCCUCUGCACCAACCUCGUCAUCUCCCAAGGGCCCUUCCUCUACUGUUCCCUCAUGGAGGGCACUCCAGACGUGGUGUUGUUUUCCAAGCCAGCAUCCCUGAGCUUGCUCAGCAGACACCUGCUCAAGUCCUUCGUGUGUUCGACAAAGAACCGGCGCUGCAAACUGCUGCCCUUGGUGAUGGCCGCCCCCCUGAGCAUGGAGCAGGGCACAGUGACCAUGGUGGGCAUCCCCCCAGAGACUGACGGCUCAGACAGAAAGAACUUUUUUGGGCGGGCAUUUGAGAAGGCGGCAGAGGGCACUAACUCCCGGACGCUGCACAACCAUUUCGACCUCUCAGUAAUUGAGCUGAAAGCAGAGGAUCGGAGCAAGUUUCUGGAUGCGCUUGUUUCCCUCCUGUCCUGAGGUUUGAUUUCUUCAGAAAUGAUCUCCUCCUUAUUUAUAUUAACUGGCUUUUAUUUCUAUUGUAAGUUAUGGACAUAGUUUUAGAUGCAGCGAUGGUUGGUUUUUAACGGAAUAAAAUGCUUACUUUAGGCUCA